ACCCAACCCACCCGCGCGCGCAUCUCCAUUCCACGCUGCGUAACCAACUCCUCAGCAAGGAUGAACGGGUAGCAGACAGAAGGCAUGGAGAGAUGUUCGGUCUUUCAACAAUCGACUGCGCGGAUGAGGACCACUUCAAGCCACUCCUUUGACUUCACACAGUGAUUUUAUUUUCUUUUUUUAAGGAGUUGCUCAUUUUAUUUGAUCACUUACGAGCAAAGGAAUUAAACUGAUUUUGUGGAGAGAAAAGGAAGGAAGAAAGGAGAGGGAAGGUCCAGGUUGCUGAGAAAGGCUGGGUGCGUCGGAAAGUCACGGAUCAUGCUUAUGGGAACUCUCGAUUCCAUAUUGAUAAGAGUGGCUCUGCCUGAUGCUCUAUCAUGACUGAUGGCGAGGGGAGAGCGCGGUUUCAGUACGAAGAGUGCCCAGAGAAGAGGGAGGUGCUGGAGGACGUGAGGCUUUCUGUAUCAGCAGCCCACUGGACCGACUCUCCAGGUCAUGAUGUUGACCAAGAUAGACAAAAAGGAGAAGGCCAAGAAGAGGAGCAAAAACAGGAGGAGGAGAAGGAGGAGGUGGAGAAGGAAAGGAGACAGAGCUUUAGUGUUCGAGGAGAAAGGAGAGACGAAUGGAGAGCUGAAGUUCAGGAAUGUGAGGAGGAGCAGGAGCCAGAGCUGGAAGUAGAAGCUGGGCCUACGCUGGGAGUCCGUAUCACAGCACCAAUCCGUGACCCGGACUGUGUGUCCGAGGAGGAGGAGCAGCAGCCGUAUCCGGCCCUGGCUUCUGUGGCUUUCUUUUGCCUGAAGCAAACAACAAGACCCCGCAACUGGUGUCUUCGCAUGGUCUGUAACCCGUGGUUCGAGCACGUGUCUAUGCUGGUGAUCCUGUUAAACUGUGUGACCCUGGGGAUGUUUCAGCCUUGCGAGGAUGUUAGCUGCCUGUCAGAGUGGUGUCGUAUCUUGCAGGUACUGGAUGAUUGCAUCUUCGCUUUCUUUGCGGUGGAGAUGGUCAUAAAGAUGGUGGCUCUUGGAAUUUUUGGCCCCAAUUGUUACCUCGGCGACAAAUGGAACCAGCUCGACUUCGUCAUUGUUAUGGCAGGGGUGAUGGAGUAUUCCCUGGAUGGCCACAAUGCCAGUCUGUCAGCAAUCCGUACUGUUCGAGUACUCAGGCCACUGCGGGCUAUCAACAGAGUACCAAGUAUGAGGAUCUUGGUGACGCUGCUGCUGGACACCUUACCCAUGCUGGGAAAUGUGCUCCUUCUCUGCUUCUUUGUCUUUUUUAUAUUUGGCAUUGUGGGAGUCCAACUGUGGGCCGGACUGCUGCGCAACCGCUGCUUCCUGGGAGAAGACAUAAUAACGCUUUACAACCUCUCCAUAAACCCAUACUACAUGUCUGAGGAAGGUGAAGACAGCCCAUUUAUCUGCUCUGCUCCCAGAGAGAACGGGAUGCUGCGCUGCCAUAAUGUACCGCCCUUUAACCAGAGAGGAGAGGAUUGUUCGUUACCUGCUCCCCAUCACAGUUCUUCUCUCAUUGGUUCACCACCUGGAGCGGGUGGGACGAGCAAUAGCAGCUGUGUUAACUGGAACCAGUACUACAACGUCUGCCGCCCAGGGGACCUCAACCCCCAUAAGGGAGCAGUUAACUUUGACAAUAUUGGCUACGCAUGGAUAGCUAUAUUCCAGGUCAUCACACUGGAAGGAUGGGUGGACAUCAUGUAUUACGUCAUGGAUGCUCACUCCUUCUACAAUUUUAUAUAUUUUAUACUGCUCAUUAUUGUGGGCUCUUUCUUCAUGAUAAAUUUGUGCCUCGUGGUCAUCGCCACCCAGUUUUCUGAGACAAAGCAAAGAGAAAACGCCUUGAUGAGGGAGCAACGUGCUCGCUACUUGUCUAAUGAUUCAACUCUAGCCAGUUACAGCGAGCCAGGCUCAUGCUAUGAGGAGAUGCUACGAUAUAUCAGUCAUCUUUACAGGAAGUUCAGGCGCAGGCUGCAGAGAAUGUACUAUGGAUGGCACAGCAAAAGGCGUAAAAAGGUGAACCCUAAUGGCGGUGGAAUUGGCAGUAAUGGUGGUGGGAACGGACAUGGCCAAGGUUCCAGCAGGGGUUCAGGACCUGGCACAGCAUUAUGGCUGAGGCCAAUUCAUAACCUCCUGCAGCACCAUCAACACCAACACUGUCGCCUCAGCAACGGUGGACAGCACACAAUCAACACCACAACUGCUGAGCACACGGAUCGGGAAGGCCGUGUUGAAAGAGGGGAUGAGUUGGAGAUGACGUCUCUUUCUGUUACAAGAGAAAGUACAAACGGCGAUAAUCCUCCUGAUGUCUCUCAGGGAAUGGGUGCCCUGCUUGGGCAACUAAACGGGGGGAUGAACUAUCCUACCAUUCUGCCAUCUUUUGUGUGCAGCUACAGUAGUAAGACGCCGCCCCCUCACUCGAAGCAGUGCGGGCGCAGUCCAGAGCAACAUCCAUUGAACCAUCCAGCGUCUGAGCACACAGAAGCCCUGAGCAAGCUUUACCAGCUUAUGGGACAGCACAGUCGUCAGAAACUGCUUUUUCAGCUGGCAGGCGUGGUGCCAAGCCCUCUGCUUUUGGAGUUGCUUAGCUGCCCUAUGUGUGCCCGCAGUCUAGAGACCCUGGAACUGGAACUGGGAGACCUGGAAGGGGGUAAAGCAGAGGCAGAUGGACUACAUGACUUUCAGCAGGGGUGUGAUCUAAGAGGACUGCGACGUCGGUUUCGACGGUGUGAAGUUGUGGAAUACAAAAACGGAGUGUUUCGGGCCUGGAAGGACUUUAGGGAAAAAUUGAGGAGAAUUGUUGAAAGUAAAUAUUUCAACCGGGGAAUUAUGAUUGCCAUCCUCGUCAAUACCCUCAGCAUGGGAAUAGAGUACCAUGAACAGCCUGAAGAACUGACGGAUGUGUUGGAGAUUAGUAACAUUGUUUUCACCAGCAUGUUUGUGCUGGAGAUGGGCUUCAUGCUUCUGGCUUUCGGUUUGUUUGGAUACAUUAGAAACCCUUACAACAUCUUUGACAGCAUUAUUGUCAUCAUAAGUGUGUGGGAGAUAAUUGGUCAAGCGGAUGGAGGUUUGUCAGUCCUGCGGACUUUUCGCCUGUUGCGAGUGCUGAAGCUCGUACGCUUUCUACCUGCCCUGAGGAGGCAGCUGGUGGUGUUGAUGAAGACCAUGGACAAUGUGGCCACCUUCUGCAUGCUGCUGAUGCUUUUCAUCUUCACUUUCAGCAUUCUUGGCAUGCAUCUUUUUGGAUGUAAAUUUAGUCUAAGAAUGGAGAACGGGGACACCAUUCCUGAUCGCAAAAACUUUGACUCUCUACUCUGGGCCAUCGUCACUGUAUUUCAGAUCCUUACCCAGGAGGACUGGAACGUGGUGCUGUAUAAUGGCAUGGCUUCUACCUCUCCAUGGGCAGCUCUCUACUUCGUAGCUCUCAUGACGUUUGGCAAUUAUGUGCUCUUCAAUUUAUUGGUUGCCAUUUUGGUUGAAGGCUUCCAGGCUGAGGGUGAUGCCAAUCGAUCAGAGUCAGAUGACGAAAAGAAAUCUGACAACUUUGAUGAAGAUGAAAAAGUUGAACAGCUCAGAGAUACAGAGCUCAAAAUGUACUCUCUGAUGCUGACAGCCAACGGUCAUGUUGACCCUCGUGGCAUUAUGGCUCCUCCCAUAAUAAUGCACACAGCAGCCACUCCCAUGCCAACACCUAAGGGCUCCCUAGGUCCUGAGUCUGUCUUAGGAGAGGAACUGAUGUACAGAGAAGGAGUAAAUCAACAUGGAGAAGCUGGACUGGGCGUGUCUGAAAUAGGGAGUCAUGCGGAGUCUCGGCGUGGAAGCUCAACAUCAAUGGACCCAUCAACCUAUGACCAGCGCUCUCCUAAUCUCUCAAGCCCUGGACGGCGCUCACCUCUUCCUCUCCGUGGUUCCAUCAGCUCAUGGGGAAGUCGCCGCUCCAGCUGGAACAGUCUGGGGAGAGCACCAAGCCUGAAGAGGCGAGACACCAGUGGAGAGAGGGAAAGUUUAUUGUCCGGAGAAGGUGGAGAAGAGGAAGAGUGCCAAGAUCAACAGGAGGAAGGUGUGGUAAAGAACAGAUUGAGGCUGGAGACCCUGGAGCCGCUGCAAGCAUCUUCUCUUUGCCCUGCCAUAAUGGCAGAGUAUGGCGACUGCAAUGGGAGAACUGUGACAUAUGAUCCGAACGGAAACUCAGACCCUAAAGAUGACUAUACGUCCGAGGAUGACUUGGAUGAUGAUAGUCCUUUCUGCUACUGGAUCAGGAGGGAGCUCCAUAACAUGAAACCCCGGUGGUGUAAGGAACACGAAAACUGGACACUAUAUUUGUUCUCACCAGAGAGCCCAGUCCGUAUGUGGUGCCAAGCGGUGAUCACUCACAAAUUGUUCGACCAUGUGGUUCUGGUUUUCAUCUUUCUCAACUGCAUCACUAUCGCUCUGGAGAGGCCUGAUAUACAGAUUCAUAGCACGGAGCGAGUGUUUCUAAGUGUGUCCAACUAUAUUUUCACUGUGAUCUUCCUGGCAGAGAUGGCAGUCAAGGUUGUAGCUCUUGGUUUCUGUUUCGGGGAUCAGAGCUACCUUAAGUCAAGUUGGAACAUUUUGGAUGGAGUUUUGGUUUUUGUGUCCAUGGUGGACAUCCUGGUCUCUCUGGCCUACACUGGUACCAACAGGAUCCUGGGGAUUCUCAGAGUCCUUCGUCUUCUACGCACCCUUCGCCCUCUAAGGGUUAUCAGCCGUGCCCCAGGACUGAAGCUGGUUGUGGAGACACUCAUCACAUCUCUUAGACCUAUUGGGAACAUUGUGUUGAUCUGCUGCGCCUUCUUCAUUGUGUUUGGAAUCUUGGGGGUCCAGCUGUUCAAAGGAAAGUUUUACCACUGUGAGGGUCUGGACACCAGGAACAUCACAAACAAGUCAGACUGUCUACAGGCCAACUACAAGUGGAUCCGAAGGAAGUACAAUUUUGACAACUUGAUUCAGGCUUUGAUGUCUUUGUUUGUACUGUCAUGUAAAGAUGGCUGGGUCAACAUUAUGUACGAUGGACUGGAUGCAGUUGGGGUCGAUCAGCAGCCUGUGAGGAACCACAACCCCUGGAUGCUGCUCUACUUCAUCUCCUUCCUGCUGAUUGUCAGUUUCUUCGUUCUCAACAUGUUUGUUGGAGUGGUUGUGGAAAACUUCCACAAGUGCCGGCAGGACCAGGAGGAGGAGGAGGCCCGUUUACGAGAGGAGAAGAGGCUCAAAAUGAUAGAUAAAAAGCGCAGGAGUAAGGAGAAUGGAGGGGCUGAGGCUAAACAGAGACCUUACUAUGCCGACUACUCACCUUUGCGGCUGACCAUCCACACUCUUUGCACAAGCCACUACCUGGACCUCUUCAUCACCUUUAUCAUUUGCAUUAAUGUCUUCACAAUGAGCAUUGAGCAUUACAAUCAGCCACAGUAUUUGGAGGAGGUUUUGAAGUACUGCAACUAUGUUUUCACCAUCAUCUUCGUCAUUGAGGCUUUGCUGAAACUUGUGGCCUUCGGCUUCCACAGGUUCUUCAAAGACAGGUGGAAUCAACUAGAUGUUGGGAUAGUUGCCUUGUCUAUAAUGGGUAUCACUCUGGAAGAACUGAAGAUGAAAGCUGCUUUGCCAAUAAAUCCUACCAUCAUCCGAAUCAUGAGAGUAUUGAGGAUUGCACGAGUGCUAAAACUUCUGAAGAUGGCAAAAGGAAUGAGAGCUCUGCUGGAUACCGUCAUGCAGGCGCUGCCACAGGUGGGAAAUCUUGGUCUCCUCUUCAUGUUGCUCUUCUUCAUCUACGCUGCUCUGGGAGUGGAGCUCUUUGGCAAACUGGAGUGCAGCGAUAGCAACCCAUGUGAGGGCCUAAGUCGUCACGCCACAUUUGAGAAUUUCGGGAUGGCCUUCCUCACUUUGUUUCGAGUUUCCACAGGAGACAACUGGAACGGGAUUAUGAAAGACACUUUAAGGGAGUGCCAGCCACAUGAAAGCCACUGUUUAUCCUACCUACCCUGGGUGUCUCCGAUAUACUUUGUCACCUUCGUGCUCAUGGCCCAGUUUGUUUUGGUCAAUGUGGUGGUGGCUGUUUUGAUGAAACAUCUAGAGGAAAGCAACAAGGAAGCCAAAGAGGAUGCAGAGAUGGAUGCAGAAAUUGCAUUGGAAAUGGAAGAGGAGAGGCAACGCAGACAAAGCACAGGAUCCAACAAUAGCUCUAUGGGAGGGACUUAUAUUGGGCCAUGCCCAAAUUCACUUGAGGAGGAAGAAGACCUGCAGUACAGCGAUCAGGACCAGCUGUCGUCAGGCAAGAUGUCUGUGUCUAGGAUGCAUUCUUUGCCAAAUGACAGCUAUAUGUUUCAACCUGUGCGCCCUGCCAGUGCCCCCUAUCCUUUAAAGGAGGUAGAUGUCAGUUCCCAGUACCAGCAUGCAGCCUCUGUAGUGUCGGUCCAAUCCCAGCCCUGUGAGAGCCGCUCUUUGCUGCAGGUUCCAGAUGCAUCCCCUCUUCAUCCCCAGUCUACUCCCUCCCUCACUUUACCCCGCAUUGCCCCGCCAACACCUGGCCCCUCACCACGGGCCCUGCACAGACAGGGGGCAGUUAAAGUCGAUUCUGUGGAAUCCCAGAGCUGUGAGCAACAGGAGAGGUCCAGCUCAGCUCAUCUACCCUCCCGCUCAUCUUCCUCUCUCUCCCCAUUACCCCCUCUGUGCUCUUCCUCCUCAGCCCUCCCCCCAUGCUCCAAAUCUCCCUCUUCUCUUCCUCCAUCGCCAUCCUCUCUCCUGCCUCUCCCAUACCCUCCAUCCUUUCUACUCCCUCCACCUCCCUCACCACGCCUGCCCUCUCGCUCCAGCAGUCUUCGCAGGCCCAGGGCCCCAUCUGCCAUUUCACUUUCGGACCCGGCCGACGCAGAGGUGUAUCAUAUCACCAGCUCCGCUCGCCAUAGGUGGAGGGAUGAGGAGGGAGGGGAACAGGACAACAGAAGGAAGGCAGGCCGCAGCCACUCUCUGUCCCCUUACGGCUCGCCACACUCCCUAGAUUUGAUUCCCACGCUGCCCCCUCCAUCCAACAGAAGCACCCUCAGUCUGCUCGGGGAAGGAUCGAAAGACAUCAAGAAAGGCUUUAGUGUUGAUAACCAUGGCUUCCUGGAGAAACCUCAGUCAGAGCCAGCAGGUCCCUUGGAUGAACAGCGGCGUCACUCUAUCGAGGUUUGCCUCCCAAAGGCCGUCAUAACCACUGACAGCCAAAGUUUUACACUGGAGACCCACCGGUCAGACAAAGGCACUCAGGCCUUUCCAGUGAGGGUGCAAUCAGUUGGUGGUAGGCAACGAAAGAAGAAGACAAGCCCUCCCUGCAUAUCCAUCCACCCACCUGUAGAAAAGGAACAGCCCCUGCUACCCUCACCUCCAAAGCUAGCUGACUGCAGCAUGAUGCUUCGGCGCAGGACACCAUCCAAUGACUUAACGCUGCACUCAGACACGCCUGCAGAUGGGCAGCUCCGCACACAGAUGCAAACACCACUAACACCAAUCCACGUGCCACUGGACGCACAUUCACCGUCACACACACUGAGCCCAUCAAAGGGAUCCACCCAGACACACACACCCCCGCCUCACAUCCCCAUCAGCCCAAAUGUCUUCAUUCAACCCCAUGCACCUCUUCUACCAACCGUUAUGCCUUUCUCACAGCCUGUCAUGAGGCACUCCCCCCUCGCAGGAGACUGCAUCCCGUUACCCCGGUUCACCUAUGACCAACCACAGUCCAGGUACACAGGCGAGCCAGAAUCUGCUGCCUGCUCUUCCCCUUUCAACAACAGACUGGGAAGCAGUCCUGGUUUUAGUGCAAAGAAUCGGAGGACCGCCCAGUGAGCUUUCAGAGUUGCAUUCAGGAGAUGCAUUAUAAAGUCUUUAAAGGUGAACUAGAAACCCCUCAGCUGACCUCAGCAGUGUUUCAUGUUGAAGAAAGAAUGAGAUAAUAUUUUGUUUAGUUGAAAAAAAAAAUAUUUGCAGAAAGACAUGGGUACAAACUCCUUAUGGAAAAACAGUUGACGGGAAAGGUUUUCUUUCUUUUGCGGGAAAAAAGAAAAAAAAAAAAGAAAUCCACUGAGGCCGGACUAUUAUAAGUAUCACUCACUGUACUGUGUCAAUGGCUGAUCCCCUCACCACGCAACAGGACUGAAGCCACCUUACUCUGUAGCCAAAGUUUUUUUUCAUACACUGUCCUCACCCACGUGAGCAAAUCAGGAAGCAGCGUCUGGCUGGUGACCGUCAACCCUUUUUUUCCCCUUUUUUUGUAACGGGGCAGGCGGUUUGUGAAACGCAAACGUGGGAGGGGGAACAGUGGGAUAUGCAACUUCAGGUUUUCUGCAGAAGUUCUGCUCACCCCUUCUCUGCUCCUCGAUCACAUUGAUCAGAGAGAGAGAGAGAGAGCGAGUGUGUAAAUGAGCUGUGCUAAGUGCGAGUUUUGUCAGAUCCAUCUUCACCCAAGUCGAACUUGUUCAUUCUCGUGACAACAGAGAGAGGGGGGGGGGCAUGGCAGAGCUAUAGCUUUCUUUUGUCAAGUGUAAAUAAAAGGAAAAAAAUACUGUAUUUGGUGAGAUUUAAAGAUAGCUCUAUCCAUAUGCACAUAUUUUUAUAGAGGUCUACAUAUAAUGUUUUUGCACACAAGUUUGAAUUUCAAGUUGCUCGUAUUUCCUCUGGUGUCCUCUUGUGAAUGUAUGUUUCUUGUAAAAGAUCUAGAGAGAGUUGUGAAGACGGUUGACCCUCCUCUCAAACUACAAGGGGAGGGAGUUUAUUUUUCUAUUUUGACAAAGCAUCAGAGGAGAACUGGCGUGUGAUGUGUUUUUUCUGUAGUUUUGUCUUAGACUUUUUGUGUAACUGGUGUCUCAACAAGAGUCUGGAGAAGCAGGCUCAGUGGUGCAAACAAGUUUCAUUUAGAUGGGUCUAAUCAAUAUAGAGAAAUAAAUAGAUGUAUAUUUAAAAUAAUACCUUUAGGUAAAGUUUGAAUAACUUUUUAUGAGUUGAUUUUUAAAGUAAGGGAUUUUUUAGCUGGGUUUAGUGAACAAAUGAUUAUGACACACUUUAUGAAAUUACAAAUACCGUACCUAAUCUGGAACCAUCUGUAUUGUCCUUCUAAAAUCUUCUUAUCCAUUUAACUUUUUCACAUUAGUUCUUAAUUCCACUUUCCCACACCACACAGUGAACAAGGAGAAGUUUGAUCAGAUGAAGCCAAAAUAUUAAAUCAUUUUGUAUCGUAUAUGCAAAACAUAAUGUGUGGCAGAAACAUAACACUGCACCUACCCCGAAACCACUAUACCCAUGGUAGCAUUAGUACCAGCAUAUGUUGUUUUUUUUCUUUCAUUAAGGAAAAGAGAGUUGGGCAUUGUUGGAAGAUGGAUGCAGCCAUGAAAAGGACAAACCUGGAAAGAAAAAACUGUCAGAGGUUUAAAGUUUUAAACAUAUAGCCAGAGGUUUUAUGGAAUGGUUUCAAUCAAAAUGUAUUUUAACGGCCCAAACAAAGUCUAAAUAGAGUCCAAAAUCCAAUUGAGAUUAAUGUAACAAACUGACAGCACACUUUAUAUAGAUCUUCUCCAUGCAGUUAAACUGAAUUUGAGCUAUUUCAAAAAUAAGAAAAAUGGACAAAGCUGGUAGCAACACACUCUCAAAGACUUGCAUCUGUCAUCACAGCUACUUAGAAGGUUUCCAUUUUUAUAUUUUUUAUUAGUUAUUUGCAAAGGUUAAUUUUAAAACACUAUCAUAUAAAAUCCCAUCAUAAAAUAAUAAAGUUGGUGGUUGUCCUGUGACUACAUGUGAAAAAGUUGAAGGAGUAUGCAUAACUUGAAAAAAAAAAGGCUUAAAAGUGGCAUCACUGAGCCUCUCUUCUGUGGCUGUAUUUCGGCUGGAUCAGCUCUGACACCUGUGUUUCUGUACAUCUAAAGACAACCAAACUGACUUUCUAAAUAUGUGUAGCCAGAGUGCAAUAAUAAUAUAUACAUGUGGAAAAUAUAGUGACAUCCACACUACAUAAGACAGCCACAUCCUUGUAUUCAUACAUACUGUAGAACUGUUAUAAGUAUAUGAUAUAUAAACAAUUUUUUUUAUAUGAUGGUAAAGGGGUAUUACUAUUUCUAGCGGUCAUGCUACUAUAGGUACGCACGGCCUUAUUGUGGCUGUGAUGAGGCGGGUGUGGCCGUGGGUUGGAUACUGCAGAUUUUGUUUCUCCAAAAGCUUCGGCCGACCUGCCUGAGGUGUUACUGUACGCAUAAGAGUGACAUGCAUCUCUACUGAGGACUCAAUAAGCCAUUUGUCAUCCAACAUUGUUUUCCUUUUUUUUUUACUCCAAGGUAGACCAGCAGUUCACCUUUCAGAAUAGAUCAUCUUUAUUUCCCUCAUCAGCUUUACAUUAACACUGGUUGAUGACAAAACACAGAAAGAGUCUGGAUGUUAUUGUACAGAGCCAUACUUCUUCUCUGACACAGCACAAUUGUAAUUGAUACAGUUGUUUUUCAGCAUUGUCUGGUUUGGCAUAUGUGCAUGAGAAGUACACUUUCAUUAAUGUCUAAAGACAGCUGGCUGGGACAGCGACAUUUGUUUUAUUUUAUUUUUUCCAUGUAUCUUAUUUUGAAUGUCUUGUAGUGGUCAGCAUGAUGCAUGCACACGUCCUCAGCGACCCGAGAGAAACCCAAAGUGCUUUAAUACUGUCAUUGAUUAAAUAAAUUAGGUUUAAUUAUCAACCAAAUCAAAACAUUAAAGGGUAAAUGUCAUCAUGUCUAACAACUUUUCUACUUCAGUUGUGUUUCGGCUUAUAGCUGAUAGUUAUAUCUAGAUCCAUAUUUAUAAAGUACAACUGAAAAUUACCAUCGUAAUGUUUCACUAGACUAUAAAGCUAAAACUCAAGCUUCUAAAGUGAGCAUUUAUUGAGUAAUUAUCCAAUAAGGAGGAGGAAUUCAGGUGUCCAAGGUGCUGUUUUACAUUAGAAUAAUGCUCUAUGUCAAAUCCAGUUGAUCAGUAAUUUGCAGCCAAAAUGAACCCUGAAAAAAAUAUUUGAGAAUCUAAAAUUUGGUUAUUUUCUCGCGGUUAUUUAGCUAACUGUAAUUUCUGCUUUAGUUCUGACCAGCAUUGUAAUUGAUCCUCCCUUGGCAUCAACACAAUACUUUAUAUUAGCGAGCUGUUCAUUGGAUGUUUACAAUAAAGUAGCAGUAAAGGGAAAUUGUUGAAAAUAUUAUGUUUUUUCACAUUAAAUCAGUCCAAGUUUUAUGGUUAUGGUUGUGUAACUACUCUAAGUCUAUAUGGCAGUCAAAAAUUAAGGAUAUUUGGUCUGGAUGUCAUCAUCCCGGCGGUCACUGCAAACUAAAAUAUUUAAUGCUUCAAACAAUCAAGAUUUUUAAGCCUCCGAAUCCGAACUCUAGAUUUUGAUGAUAUUUGCCCUUAAGAUGAGCAGAAUAUCUGCUCAUUUGUGUUUGGGAAAAUUGCAAAAAAAUAUUUCAAGCAAUCUUAGUUGAUGAAUAUUUAAAGGUAUAGUGGAGGAUUGUCAUGAAUUUUUGAAAAGACCCGCCCUCUACACUUAAAAAAAAAAAUGCACAUGCACAACACUGUACACUCUCCCGAGGAGCAACGCCUAUUAAACGCGUGCGAGAGCGUGCACAAGCCUGUUUCUCCUCGUGCACCCUCUGUUUAAAAGUUGCUGUUGGCAUCACUCAUACAGGCUUACUUUCCAA